AUGGAUAUUAAUACCAACACUAACAACUCGAAAUUGCACCACAAAAAUACGAUGCUACAGCUACUGGUAGGCCCUUUCCUAGCCCGGCCCAAUUUAUCAGGCUAUCCCUACCAGCCAAGGCCUAGGAUUGAAGCCUCGGGCCGAAUCCAUUUUUUGGUCUUAAAAAUGAGAAAAAGUGAUAAUUUUUGGGUAGCAACACAAAAUAAACGUCCAUUGAUUCCAAACAACAUCAAACCCUUGUGUUCCGUAGAAGGUAUUGAAUUGACACAGGAUAUAUUCGUGCUGGAGAACCAAAUUCCGUUUAUUCUGUUAGAAGAAAUCCAGAAAGCUAUCCGAACCGAACCCCCUUGUGCAAAUGAUAACGGGAAAACAACAGUGAUAGUUUCCAAUGAUGCGGAAAAAUGGUCAGUUUCCGAUGAUGCUCAAGUCAUUUAUAAUUUCUGCGAGGCACACUCUCCACUUAAAUUGAUGGAGAACCGGCUAUAUCAGUUUGAACACAGACCUGUCCAUCUGCUGGAUUAUAUGUACCAUUUAAUUGUAAAUUAUCGGAAACCUGUGAAAACAUGCUACAACUCUGCACUUUCUUUAGGAAUUGGAGGACCUGCUGUACAAGCACUUCAGAAACAUAUACAGUUCAUACAAGCAUUGCCAUGGGAGAACAUUCGAUCUCUAUUUCAAAAAAUUGAUAUUGAUGGAAAUCAAAAUCCAGUAGAAGACAUCGAGAUUCCUUCGGUGUCAAGCCUACAAAAAACUGUGGGAAUAAGGUUCACCAUCACAGAAUUGGGAAUCAGGGGCAUCAAAUUCGAUGAAAAAACACUUACUUGA